AUGGCAGGCAUGAUUCAGGCAAGCUUGAUUAUUACAAAGACAGGCGAUAAAGGAACAUCAUUAACAUUUACUGGGGAACGAAGGCAAAAAGAUGAUGACAUAUUUGAGGCUUUGGGAACAUUAGAUGAAUUAUCUUGUGCUAUAGGAAUUGCUAGAGAGUAUUUAACUGAAUCAUCUAAUAUCAUAGAAACUGAGUUAAUAAAGGUUCAAUGUACAUUACAAGAUUUGGCUUCAUCUGUAGCAACACCGAAAAGUACAGCAAGAACAGCACAUCUUGAAAGAACAGAAUUUGACAAGGAAUUAAUUCAAGAAUUAGAGCAAUGGAUUGACACUCAUACAGAGCAUUUACCACCAUUAAAGAAUUUCAUAUUACCAUCUGGUGGCAAGGCAAGUUCAUAUUUACAUAUGGCAAGAAGUAUUUGUCGUAGAGCUGAAAGAAGGAUUAUACCAUUAUAUAAAUGUGAAGAAAUAGAUGGAGCUCUUUUGAAAUAUAUAAAUAGGUUAAGUGAUUAUUUAUUCACUGUAGCACGGUUCGCUGCAAAAUUGGAAGGUUUUACAGAAACAAUAUAUCAUCGACCCGUAAAAAAUAAUAAAUAAUAUAUUUGUUUUAUAUAUUUAAAUGAAUGAAUUGUUUUGUUCAAAUAUAUUUUGACUAUAUUCUUAAAUCUUGCUUUAAAACUUAUUCAAGUAUUACAUAGAAUAUUAUGUAAUACGUUUUAUGUAAGUAAGUAUACUUUUUGUGAACAUUAUUUUGAUUUAUUGAUUGUAGAAAUAUUUCAAAUCAACAGUUUAAAUUUAUCAUACUGAAACUGUCGUAACAUAAAUAAAUGGACAUUUGUUUUUAAAUUUGAAAUAUGUUAUUUUUAUUUUUAUUUAGUAUCAAUGCAGUUGUCUAGUAAACUAGAUAACUGCAGACAGACCGACAGACAGACACGAUUAGGAUUGUGACUGUCUGUCGGUUUAGAAAUUAUUUAAAUAUUUACGAGGAUAUCUCAAACUUCACUGGAAAUGACGACAUUGAGUGUGUUGACUUUAUAUAUAUAUAAAAUAAACUAAAAGAAAACAGAUCGAAUCUUUAUCUUAUUUCAAGUAUUUUGCGCUAUAAUCAUGCAAAGAAAUGUUAAAAUUUAGUAAAAUUUAGCAUAAAAAUUUGUUAAUUCUUACUAAAAAUAAGGUAAUUUGUCUACCGAAAAUUCACACUUGCGAUUGCAAAUAAUAAAACUUGAACCAUAAAUAGACAGCGUAUGGGUAAAUUUUAGUGUUUUUAAAUAACUUAAAUAUAGAGAUAGGUUUAUUUUUAAUGAGAAGGAAACACUUUACAAAAUUCAAGUGUUUUCUAUUGUCUUUAAUGAUCUUUUAAAUCAGAUUACGGGUCUACGACUUAUCAACUGCAGUUUAAAGAAAAAUAAGAACCGGAACUUUUACCUUUAUUUCAGAAGUCAUCCCAGAAUACGUUUCCUUCUCGUCAAGAAAACCAUCGUUUUCCAAUUGGGUUAAUUAAUAUAAAAAUGGGCAAAUGCUUCAUAAUAACAGAGGUGACAGAAGAAAACGCUUCUCUGAAAGUCUGAAUUGAAGUAUCGCCGCAUUUCACGCGCAUACAAUGAAAAAUAUACACAAAACAUUUCUUCUGUGUCAUCUUGGGUUUCAAACUCUUCAACUUCUCAAAUUUUUCAAUUGCAGUCUCGUAAUCAGAUUUUCCGAUGUAAACAGAAAAGCAUUAGCCGUCAUCCCAUGAUAUAUUGUUUCUAAAUAACCGUUCUUUGCGUAAGAACUUGAACUACUACUGUUCUCUUUCAAAUAUAUAGCAUAAUCUACAUAGGCGAUGACACACUUUGUUUCCUGUGCCGGUAUAUUUUCUUCGUUACACAGAUUCUCCGUGUGCUUCUUUAUACCGCUAGCAGAUACUUCGUACACCAGAAAGUCAGUUUAGCUUAGUUCGAAAGGAUAAUUAAAAAUACUGAAGCCUAGAAAAGCUGGAAAUACCGAUAUCUGUAUUUCCGUUGAUUUUUCUGUUGAAAACUUCGCAGCUGGAGAAAAACUUAUCCAUGUCAUGUGUGCCUUCCUUGCCUAUUAAAACUUCAUUUGUUUCUGCGUUGGUAGUGACUACUUCAUCUGUGUCAUUAAUUACAGACGUAACAGUCAUUGCUAGUCUUUUCGCAAAUUACCAUCACUGAUCGGGUUGUGCAAAAGACGUUUUGCCAUUUAUUCGAAAUUCAAAUGAAAUGAAAAUUUUCAAAAUCGAGUUUGAAUCACAUGAACACACCGAACUUGUGUAUCAAAUUGAAUAAUUUAAUGGCAUUCGUGAAUACAUCAUUCCAAUUACUUAAGGCUACGGUAUUUACAUGACUUGUUUUUAUACUUGUGCUGCACUGUUCACGGAGAUGAAUACAAUCAUAAAAAUGGUGUUAUUUAUUAUAGCAGUUUCAUAUGGUACUGCAACUCUUUUUACAUGUUACUCAAUGUCUCGCUUUAUUUCCGAGAGAAGUCUUUUAUAUGUAACUAGCUGUUACCCGCGACUUCGCCCGCGGAGGCUUUGCAAGCAAACCCCAUUUAUAUUCAGUAUUUCAACAACCAUAGUAAUUGUUAUAUAACA